CCGAAUUCACGACGCCGGGCGAUGGUAAAUCACUGUGGUGUAUUAAAUAUUAUACCGCGUGUGUAAGUGUCUUAAGAGAGUGGUGUGUAAACGUAUGAGGUGACCGUGCUAUGGGUGCGCUCGCGUGCAGUUAGGGCGGCGUGGCCCGCGCCCGGCCCGCGGCGAGAUGGGCAAUUCGUGCAGCUCAGGGCAGGCUCACAAGGACAAGGACAAUGUAUCUCAGCAUUCCGAAGAGUACACCUUGGCAUCGUCAGAGAUCAAAAGGUCGCCAUCGUACCGCGCUAAACCGUCGGAGCCGCAGAGCGAGCCGCAGCCGCACGAGCCACAACCUGCUGCAAACGCCACAAAAAAGCCGCAGCUCAAAGGCCCAAGACCCGUCGGCUCCAGCGUUUCGGACUCCAUCUCCCUAUCAUCACCGGUAACGUGCGUGUCUCCACGCGAAGAUGCCGAAGGUCCUCCUAUGCCAGUCGCUGUCUCAUCAUUGCUGGAGGAACAUAAGGGCCAGCUUAUGGGCAGAACCAGCGCUAGUAGACCUCGGCGGCGUAGAGCAAUGCUCAUUUAUGUAUGCGCUGCUGAUUCUCAGGACUGCUGUAGCGAGAAAGGCGCGCUACAAUGCGGCGUGGCGGCAAAGCUGCGCGCGCGCGCCCGUCGUGCUGGUUGGCGUGUGCACGUCGCCGACCUGCAUUGGCGGUCGCCCCUAGAGCAACAGCGGGACCAUAGAUUCCCCGUCCUCUGCCUGACGGAGUUAGCUCGUCAGUCGGAGUUGGGUGCAGUAGUGCCAUUGGUGUUCCUUAACUCGGGGUUAGGCACACCGCUGCUGCCACACACGCUGGAGUGCGCAGACUUCGAGGCGGCGCUCGAAGCCGCAUCGCCCGAAACAGAUCGCACACUGCUUAACAAGUGGUACAGCCUGGAUUCAAGCGUAACACCACCGUGCUACCGAUUGGUUCGCGGCGCGCCUGCUCGCUGGCGUCGCGAGAUGGCCAAAGCACUUAAUGUGCUCGUGCGCACAUUGCCGCUUGAAGCUUUGGACGCUUAUCUUACCACUGUCGUCGAACAGGAGGUGCAACACACAGUACUUCUCAGCGUCGAAGCGGCGCGGCGAUGCGUGUGGGUAUCACGAGCAGGUGCCCCCCCACCAGAGCCCCCCGAUGUGCUUGACUCCGCACAUCAUCAAGAAUUGCAGCGAAGGUUGAAUACCUUACAAAAAGAUUUAAGGCUCCACCUUUGCGAACGCAACAUAAUCCGAGCGAGCAUACGAGGACGGACAGGGACCGCUUCUGCGCCAUGCAGCGACGACGAAUAUGCGGAGACCCUUAGAGUCGCCAUGAGCGACCGACUGGACGCCAUCUUGGAUACUUUAGUCGCAGAGAGCGAAGUCCCAGCGGGAUAUAACGGAAUCCCUUCUAGUUUGUUCGAGGAGUUGAACGAGCACCUUUCCUUCUGUCAAACCGCAGCGCAAUGUACUUCCAACCGCGAGAUCACCCUCAACGAACUCAAAACGUAUAUAACCGGCGACAGCACCGUACCACUAGCGCUUAUAGGCGGUGCAGGCUGCGGGAAAGCGACACUCGUGGCAAGAGCCGUCACUAUGGCUCCCACUCCGAUGCCUGACCUCGCUAUCAUUAUUAGAUUCGUGGGUCUGACGCCGCAGUCUAGCAGCUCCCAUCAGCUGCUCAAAUCUAUUGUGGAUCAAUGCCAUGUGCUGUAUACAGGGACUGUUUAUAGAGGACGAAACGAUGUUGCCCACCUUACGACAGCCCUAGCCCGCCUUCUCACAGUGUUAGGUAGAAGCAGACCAGUACUUCUAGCCGUGGUGGGCGCAGACGCAUUGCGAGGCGCAAGAUGGCUGCCUUCAAAACUGCCUGAAAAUGUUAAGAUGAUCGUCACUGUCACUGAAGAAAAAGAUGAACCCUCCAGCUCGGCCAUUAUGGCAGUUUUAUCCUCCGAAGACGGUCCAAAAGUGGUACGAGCACCGCCGGUAGGGCCAGAAGAGGCAAAAGCAGUAUUAGCCGCAUGUGCGGCGACAUAUAGCAAAACAGGGGCUGCGGCGCCGCCUGAGGAAGCGUUUAAGGCCGUGCAAAAAUGUACAUUGCCGCUAUAUGCCAAGAUUCUAGCCUGGCAAAUAUCACUAUCAGCAGAAACAUUUACGGAGCAAUCUGAACCAGAAACAACAACUGAACUAGUAAUCUGCGAGGAUUUAGAAGGCCAACUGAACCAGAUCUUAAUAACAACUGAGCAAGCGCUGGGCGCAGAAAGAGUUAAGACCUGUUUGGCGCUUUUGACUGCGGCUAGACGAGGUCUUGAUGAUACAGAAAUAUUGGACAUAUUGGCCCAUGAUGAUCUUUUUAGAAGUGAAGAAACUUAUUUACCCUGGGCACCAGCGUCGUUAUUCUGGCCACAACUAGCAGCGCUACUAUCACCGUGGUUGCGCUGGGACUCCCGCGGCGCUGCUAGAUGGCGCGACGCCGCACUUGCGGGUGCGGCGAGGGAUCGAUACCUUGCAGAUUGUGAGGACACUGUACGGCAGACCCUUGUCGAUUAUUAUGAGGGCAAAUGGUUUACUGAAAAUGACCCGAAGAUGGCCGGCCGCUUGAUAUCGCAAGAAAAUCAAUUUUCAGAUACCUGCUACAAUACCAGAAAAUUGGACGAAUUACCCUUCCAACACUACCAUCUUCUAAAAAACGACCAAGAAUUAUUUUCAAGAAAAGAAUAUUUUACAAAUCUCGACUGGAUAUACGCGAAACUAGCUGCAACUGACACAGGAUAUUACCUAGAAGAUCUAGCUUUAAUUCACUUAGACCCACUUCCAGAGCACAUUGACAUUUUGAAGGAAUUAUUUGAAGCUAAUUCGUACGCUUUAGAUUAUGAUUACAGACAAUUUUAUACUUGUUUAAGAAUGACUAUGGAGAAAAGGCAAAGAGAACGCAUUGAAGUUAAAACGAAAAUAGUUAAAGAAUGGUUAGAUAUUAUUCAAGAUCCUCCAGUACCAACGUUUUAUCCUGCCAAUGAGGAGUUCUGGAAAGUAAUAGAGCAUAAGGAGAAGAAGGAGGUGUCGUUUGUUGAAGAUUUUGAUAGCAAGACCUAUGAUUGCAUUGUAAGGUUUGAAACUAGGGGAAAAUUUGUUGCUACAGUGUCUACUGAAAGGUCAGAGAUUUGUGUUUGGGAUAUCAGUCAAUGUCAGCUAGUCCGCAAGUUGGUGGGAGUGACGCAUCCUAUAAACUUGGUACCGAUCGAUGAAUACAGAUGCGUCGUGCUCUGUCGCAGGGAACUUAAAGUUUAUGACUUGGAUCAGGGCAAAUUCGUAGUGGCCCUAAAAGGUGUGAUGAACCAAAAGAUGCCCUACUACGGGAUGCAUGACUCCAAGCACCUCGUGGCGCUCUCGAGGAACCGGAUGUACGUCAAUCUCAUGAACAUUGAGACCGGUGACUGCGUGACGACGUUCAAAGUUGGUGAGGACCGAUUCCUCAACUCGUUACUGGUUUCUGGUGACGGAAGAAUCCUGGUAUGCGGUGACGAGACCCAAAAACCUUUCCCACUGCUGGUAUGGUCGCUGACGUCACGCAAGCUGCUUUACGAUUUGAGGAUACAGCAUCACGAGUUUAUUACAUCCAAGGCUGCUAUUACUUACGAAGGUUCAUAUGUUUGCGUGGUAUCCCGUGAGCUGGACGAGCCAGGGCCGAACUUCAUCGUGGUGUACGACUUGCAGUCAGGAACCUUAUUCAAGAAAUGGAAGCCUGGAUGCGACACUGUCGCCUUAGCAAUUAGUUCUAUCGAUGGCUGCGUUGUCUCUGGUCUCGCUGACACAAGAAUCUUGGUUUGGGAUUUGGUAACUGGUAACUGCCGUCUGACACUUCGCGGGCAUGUCGCGGCGCCGUCGCUGCUGCGGCUGGCCAAGUCGGGCGGCGUACUUAUGUCCACAGACGAUACUUGCAAAGACUUAUCUGUCCGCCUUUGGGACUUGCAUACAGGCAAACUGAUAGCAGUGUACACGCCACCCGAACGCAUAACAUCAUGUGAAGUACUCCUAGGAGGGUCAGUCCUCGCACUGGCACUCGAAAACUACCAUCAAAUACUAUGCGUCAAGCUAUACGGCCCUCUGGUCGACUCUGUCAAAAACGGUCGUGACCUCGAAUAUGAUGAUAAAGAUUAUGGUGACCCCGCACACGAGGGACAAACGUUUGAAGUCAAAGAUUGCUGAUGUUACAGAUUAGACUAUCAACAGCGCGUGCUAAAAAAUUUCCGCCAGUACACCUAAGUCAGAAUAUCGUGUUAAUGAUUGGACCUGUGCUUCGUUUACCUAAGAAGUGACAAAGAUUAGUUAAAAAAAGGGUAAUUAAGGGAAAAAUGGUAUACAUAACGCGAGUUUGUUUCACUAAUAUCUUUAAUGGUAUUUGUGGUACAGAGUAGUGUUAUGGUGGAGUAUAAAGGAAAAAUUUAAACUGGUCUAUUAAAAUAAUCUCUGACAGCUCUGAGGGUGAACACUCACCUUGUGUUACGGCACGCAU